AAAAAAUAAUGAUAACAAAUAAAUAAAACCCUAAAUAACCAACAAACGGAGUGCAAAAAAAAAUAAACAAACAAAAAAGUUUAGCAACUGUGAAAACGACUUAUGAAUUUUCACAACAACUUGAUGUUUUGUAACGGAUUUUCUCGAAACUCGUAAAAACUUUAUUUGUGGAUUCUUCUGCGGCUUCUUCAACGUUUUUGCUUCUACGGCAAAAAAUAUAUAUAUAUAUUGUGAUUGUCUGCUGAUUUUUGUUUAGUUUUUAUUUUCUUGAGGAGAGAACGCAGACGAUUAGAGAUUCUCCUUUUCCCGUCUGUGUGAAACGCUGGAAAACCCAUUAAGUGCCAGAGCCACGGAGCAUGCGUCUCUUUAAAACCCGAAAAACCACGGACACCUACAGCACCUUGGCCGCUCAGCAACAUCAGCAGCAGCAGCAUCAGUUGGAGCAGCAUUUGCCUCAGCCACAAACGCCACAGCAAGUUUAUACCGAACAUAACAAAUCCCGCGCGCCGGCAACAUGCGGCCAGCGACUCAACAAGAGCAUCGUGAGCAGCGCCAGCAUCUCCUCCUCGCUGCCUGAUCUCCACGACCGCCACCAGUCGCCCGUCAUGAUCCUCAGCUGCACCACGCUGGCCAGCAAUGGAGCUGGCUCGGGAGCCACUGCAGCCACAGUCACGGCAACGGCCACGGCCACCACGGCGUCCACAUCUGCAGUCGGUCAUCAUCAGCAGCAGCAGCAACAGCAGCAGCCGUUACGCACGGCCACGCCCACUUGUCUGCUAAGUGGCCGGCAGACGCCAUCGGCCAUAUCGGUGAUGUCGCUCCAAGAGGCCACCACUUUGCACAGGCAGCAGCAGCAGCAGCAUCCCACAAUCUAUGUGCCCAUGCCCACCAAACUGGGGAGUCAGCACGCUGCCCAGUACCAGCAGUAUGUGGCUCAGCGCCUGCACGCCGCCUCCAGCAGCUGCCUGUACGAGAAGGGAGCGAAUCCGCAGAACUCCAAUCCCAGCAGUCGAUCCCUGACGCCAAAUGGUCAUCUGCCCGACUACAAGCUGGUGACUGCGGUGCCCGUUGUGGUCCUGGACGAUGAGCACAAGUCCAAUUCUUUGCCAGCCAACGAACUGAGGAGCAGCAACAGCCACAAUCCCAGUCAUGACGUCAGUCACAGCAGCUCCACCAGCAGCUCCACUUCCUUGGCCAGCACCACGAGAAAUGUUUUUACCUGGGGCAAGCGCAUGAGCCGCAAACUGGAUCUGCUGAAGCGCACCGACUCGCCCGCCGCCGCCCACAAGUCGCACUCGGACCUGAGGAGUCUCUUCCACUCGCCAACGCACCACAAGAGUGCGUCCAGCGGGUCUACGGCCAAGUCCUCGGCCUCGCCCUCACCCACUGGCGGCGGCCAUCAUCAGAGCAACACGCUCAAGAAGUGCAAGUCGGGCCCCAUUGAGACCAUCAAGCAGCGUCACCAGACCCAGACCCAACAGCAGUCGGGCCAGGAUGUGGGCCAGAGCCAGAGUGCCCAGUCGACGCCCACGCAUCAGUUUCAGGCGGCUGCCCGCCCACAGAAGGCGCUGAAGAACUUCUUCCAUCGGAUCGGAUCCACAGGCAUGCUGAACCAUCGCUCCCACAACCUGCUCAAGGCCUCGGAGGCGGCACAGCAGGCUGCGCCGGCUGCCACCACGCUGUACAGGAGCAGCUCCACUAGCCAGCUGUCCAGCUGCUCCUACGUCAAGUGCGAUGAUCCCACCGAGGGCCUGAAUCUCCAGCGCGAGCAGCGGGAGCAACGUCUGCCGAGGAUCGCCAGCCUCAAGUCCAGUAGCUGCGAUGACAUAGCCAAGGUGAGCAGUUGCCUGACGGCCAGCACGAGUAGUGGCAGUGCAGCCACCACGAGUCUGGGAUCCCCACCCAGCGGAGGAGGAGCAGGAGGUGGAGGAGCAGCAGCAUCUGCAGGGGGCUCUGCUUCCCAGCAUGAUCCCUCGCGCCGUGGAGCCUUCCCCUAUGCCUUCCUCCGCUCGCGGCUGUCCGUGCUGCCCGAGGAGAACCAUGGUCAGGGACAGGGUCACCUGAAGCAGCAGAGAGAGCAGCAGCAGCACCAGCGGGAUCUUUUGCAGCAGCAGCAACAGGAGCAGAUGCAGGCCGCGUCGCCGCUUCCCCAGCGCCGCUCCCCCGAACAGGCGAUGCUAGGCAAUGUCUCCCGCAACGACAGCAUCACCUCCAAGGACUGGGAACCACUUUACCAAAGAUUAAGUAGUUGUCUGAGUUCGAACGAGUCCGGCUACGACAGCGACGGCGGCGUCACGGGUGGAGCCCGGAUGGGCAAUAAUCUGAGCAUCUCCGGCGGAGAUACCGAAUCUAUUGCCUCGGGCACGCUCAAGCGCAACUCGCUUAUCUCCCUCAGCUCCUCCGAGGGCGUGGGCAUGGGCCUGGGUCUGGGCCUGGGACUAGGACCCGCCUCAUCGGCGAGGAACAGCAGCAUCUGCAGUGCCCCCGUCUCGCUGGGUGGCUACAACUACGACUACGAGACGGAGACGAUUCGGCGGCGGUUCAGACAACUGAAGCUGGAGCGCAAGUGUCAGGAGGAUUACAUAGGGAUCGUGCUCUCGCCCAAGACAGUGAUGACCAACAGCAAUGAACAGCAGUUCCGGUAUCUCAUCGUGGAGCUGGAGCCCUAUGGCAUGGCGCAGAAGGACGGUCGCCUGCGCCUGGGCGAUGAGAUCGUCAACGUGAAUGGCAAGCAUUUGCGCGGCAUCCAGUCCUUUGCUGAGGUCCAGCGCCUGCUCAGCAGCUUCGUGGACAACUGCAUCGACCUCGUGAUAGCCCACGACGAGGUGACCACCGUCACAGACUUCUACACCAAAAUCCGGAUCGACGGGAUGAGCGGGCAGCGCCACAGGCUGAGCUAUGUGCAGCGCACCCAGAGCACCGACAGUCUGACCAGCAUGCAGAGCCUCCAGCUGCGAGGCCAGGCGGAGCAGGAGCAGGAACAAGGCGAGGAUCAGUGCGAUGCCCGGUCCAUGGCCAGUGUCAGCACCCUGCCCACGCCCAUGCCGCUGAUGCAGCAUCGUCGCAGCUCCACGCCCCGCCACUCGCUGGACGUGAGUGCGCCCGAGCACGAGCUCCUGCGCCGGCGGGCACGCAGCUCCUCAGGUCAGCGCAGCAGCUUGGCUCUAACACCGACCCCGCUCUUUGCCAGCAGCAGCAGCAGCAGCAGUUGCUCCUCCUCCCCUAACCACCAGCAACACCAAAGGUUUUUGGAUAACGACAGUGACCCUUCUAACAACGACUCCUACACGCCGGUCUAUACCAAUCGGGCGGCGAGCGUGUGCGUGGCCGCCUCGCUGGCGGACGACGAGAAGUGGCAGCUGCUGGCCCGCAAGCGCUGCUCCGAGGGCUCCGCUCUCGCCGGGUCCCCCAAUCCCCAGCAGUUUGGCCAGCGCACCCACUAUGCCAGGAACUCCAUUAACCUGACCAACUCGCACUAUCGCUCGCUCCGGUUUGCCCACUCGCGUCUGAGCUCGUCGCGGCUCAGCCUGUUCAUGCAGGCGCCGCCUAACAGUCUAACCGCGGGCGAGGCAGCCCCUAAUACCCCAUCCUCUCCAGUUACCGUCGCCGCCAACACAACUGAUCUCACUAACAGCCAGCAGCCGCAGCAGCCGCAGCAGCCAGCGACACCACAACACACUUCACUCUACAUCAAGCACUCGCCAAAGAGCGUCUCAUUGUUCUCGCCUAAUCCGUAUGUUAAUGCCUCCUCAUCCUCACCAGCAUCAGCAUCCACAUCAGCGGGCGCUUCAUCGCUGGCGCCUCCAGCCGCUGCCCUCAUGCAUCAUCGUCCAUCGUUGCCGGUGGCGAAGCUAACCAUACGCGACGAGGAAAUGGCGGAGGUCAUACGGGCCUCCAUGAGCGAGGGCAGUGGUCGCUGCACGCCCAAGACCAUCACCUUCUUCAAGGGACCUGGGCUAAAAUCUCUGGGCUUUAGCAUUGUGGGUGGAAGGGAUUCGCCCAAGGGUAACAUGGGUAUUUUUGUCAAGACCGUGUUUCCCACGGGCCAGGCCGCUGACGAUGGCACUCUGCAAGCGGGGGACGAGAUCGUGGAGAUCAAUGGCAACUCGGUGCAGGGCAUGAGCCAUGCCGAAACCAUAGGACUCUUUAAGAAUGUGCGAGAGGGCACCAUUGUGCUCAAGAUUUUGAGAAGAAAAUUGCAAAAAGCCAAGUCGAUGGGCACAUAACUAACGUAUCCAAGUCGGAACCCUUUCAUAAGCACCUGAAUAUGGACACACCUGCUUCGUUUAUUGUUUGGCUUUCCUAGAAGAAGCCUCUUGUUUAGUUGUAAUCGUACAAAGACCCCUGAAAAAAUAACUAUAUAUAUAGCUAUAUCUAGAAUCCCAAAUAGUCAUGUAAGCGAUUGUAUGAAGUUACAAUUUUAAAUUAUUUACCCCAAUAUAAAGACCAGGCUAAGCUUCGAAACAAGUUGUACAAGAUCUAUAUUACAAAUAUAUAUUAACCUUAAUUAAAACACUUGAAA